AUGCCUGUCAUCGUAAACCGCAGUAUGCGGAUCUCGUCAGGCAAGAAGGCUGGGAACCAUGUCCGUCCUUCUGGCCCUGUUCCUGUAUCUCAGGAUGCUCCGAUGCACUAUUCUGAGGCGUCUUGGUCCGAGGAUGACGAAGACAUCACGUUUGCCUUGAAAGCCACCAAUGACUGCAUCCAACACAAGAUUGCGAAGCUACAAGUUAACACCGCCCGCCUGAAGCGAGAACUGUGGCUCCUCCAGCGACACAUCAAGAACUUCAACCACCCACUGUAUGAAACAUGGGAAGCUGAUAUUCUCACCCGUCUCAUCGAAGUUGCCCAUGCGCACCAGCGCCGCUCCAAGCUCCAAGCAGGUGUUGCCAUCGGCGAUACCACGGCCGCGGAUCGUGAGAAUCUCUUUCACGCGUACAACACUGCUGCUAAGCACGUUCGUGCGGACACUCUCCAGAGGCUUGGUCUGGAUGAGAAGUACUGUGAGGCACUGGCACGCUACAAUGAGGUCGCCCCCUACCGCAGUCCGAACCCAUUUCAGACGGAGAAUGCCUUCGCCAAGUGGCUCCUCAAUGAGAAGGAACAACGACCAGCAAAGUUUGACUUCUGGUCAAGACUGUUCCCCGUCUGCUACGGCCGGACCGUGGAGGAAAGUGCCGCCAUUUCAUGA